GUGGAGCCUUAGUUUAAGAAUACACACUGGACAGCUUAGUUGUAGGUUUUAACAUAAAAACGAAAAAAUCGAACCUCUUAAUUUGUAUCUCAUCGGCAAAGAAAUCACGUACCACAGUUUUGUUUCCAAAAUGAAUCGUUUUGUUAUUGUUCUAGUGCUCGCUUCGCUGGCUUUUACUAACGCGCAAAAAGGCAGCAACACUCAGUUCAUUUGUCCGAAUGACAAAAGUGGGCAAUACAAAGAUGCGGUGCAAUGUGACAAGUACUAUGAAUGUGACGAUGGCGUCGCAACAGAAAGACUGUGCCCAGACGGUUUAGUUUUCGACGAAACCAUUCGGCUAAAGAACAAAUGCGAUCAACCAUUCAAUGUUGAUUGUGAAGAUCGUACAGAACUUCAGCCACCAAAAGGAACCAACGAAAAAUGUCCACGCAAAAAUGGGUUCUUCGCCCAUCCAAAUCCAGGUGUUUGCAACGUUUUCUUUAACUGCAUUGAUGGUGAUGCCAUUGAAAUUAAAUGUACUGCUGGAUUACACUUUGAUGAAUACUCUGGCACUUGCGUUUGGCCAGAUUCAGCAAAUCGGGAAGGUUGCAAAUCAGAAGAAGAACUUGCUCUAGAAUUGAAUCAAGAUGACGAUGCUUUCCGUUGUCCAAGCCAAAGCACAAAAUCCAGCGAUUCCAAAGGCCAAGUUGUUGCUCACCCAAAAUACCCACAUGAAAGUGAUUGCCAAAAAUUCUAUGUAUGCUUAAAUGCAGUGGACAAACGUGCCCUGGGAUGCCCUGCCGGUCAAGUGUACAACGAUGCAACAGAAAUGUGUGAUGCACCAGAAAAUGUUCCUGGAUGUGAGGACUGGUACAAAGACGAAUCUGACGAAAUUAAACCAUCAAAGAAAUCAAGAAAGUAAACCACUUUAGAGGUGUUACAAACAAUCAAAGAUCACAUUGAUUGUUACAUUCAAUAGACUUAUUUCUCUUCGAUUGUAUUCAGUUUAAAUUUGCGUAAAAAUAACGAUAUUAGUUUCAAAUUUUCGUUUUUGUUUAUUUUGAAAGCAUACGACAAAAAAUAAUGAUGACAUAAAUGUUAACGUUUUAACAUCAAAAGACUUAAAUAUGUAAAAUUACAAACCUUUAAAUUAAUCA